UUACAAUGGACACUCUGGGUUUAAAUAGCUAUAUUUCGCGCAGUAAUAUGGAUAUCAGCUGUCGUGGACCAGAGGACAAUGUGAUUCUCUCUCGUCAGGAGCAACAGGGAAAAAGUGUCAAACACGACGUCAGAAGACCGCGGAAUCCUUAAUGAAAUCAGCGGGAUGUUUUCACUUUUCACUGAAUACACAAAACCGGUUCGACGUGUGUUUAUUUGGUAAAGUAUAGCAGAAAUGACACGCUUGAUAAAUCUGAAAUGCCAUUUCAUCUAAAGAUGCUCAAUUCAGGUUCCGAAUCACGACUCGAUCUGAUCUUUCAGAAUUACUCAGGUGUGUCCAUCUUGCUUCUACUGUAUUUCCAACUUUGCCUGUAUGAAGUAGGGGCUGUGUAUGAUGUGAUAUAAGUGUUGUUUUAAUUUUGACUUGGUAUGAAUCAAACUGUCAACAGGUACGUUUACUCAUGCAGUUAUUAUUCUGGGAGUUGUGACUUGACUGAGAAAGAAAAUUAUCAUUUUACAUAAUUUCUGUUCUGCGGUAUGGCUGAAUCGUUUAUGCAGUGAUAUUACUAUUUUUGUGAAGGAAGUCCAGCUGUAACAUAUGUGAAUCCUUUUAACUCGUGUGUUGAAGACUAUCCAGUAUUUAGACAAAUGUUGUGAUAUCUCGAUAAGCAACAAUUUCUUUCAUGUCGGGGUUUCUGGUCAACGGAUAUCAGUCGGGACUCGUGUCUCGGAGCAGUGCAGAAUGGAUCAACAUCCAAAAGAACACGUUCACCAACUGGGUCAACGAACAGCUGCGCAUGCGCGGAAUAUCUGUCCAUGACCUGAGGACCGACCUUGCCGAUGGGGUCAGUUUGGUUGCUCUUCUGGAAGUGUUGCAGCGCCGGCGCAUAAAUGGCGCCGUUGAGCGCCCGAACAAUCCACACGAAGUUCUGCAAAAUUUGAAUGCAGCGUUAGAAGCCAUUGGAGAAGAUAACGUCCGGAUUGUUAACAUUGGAUGUACAGAUCUUACUGAUGGCAACAUUAAACUGGUUCUUGCCCUUAUUUGGCAGUUGAUUCUGCGCUACCAGAUAGGACUGUCUAAUAUUCAACACAAGAACUGGAUGUUAGCAUGGUUACAAGCUGUAAUUCCGGAAUGUAACAUCACCAACUUAACCACAGAUUGGAACGACGGUGUAGCUUUGCAUGCUUUACUGGAUUUCUGCAAUCCUGGCUUGUGUCCGAACUGGAAAACCCUGAAAGGACAAAACCGGCUCAGCAAUUGUCAAAAUGGAAUGAAACUAGCCCGCAAGCAUUUCGGGAUUCCUCUAAUUCUGCAACCGGAGCACCUCGCCAACUCCCAACUAGACGAACUAUCCUGUAUAACUUAUUUAUCAUAUUUCAUAAAAGUUGGCUCCCCUGGAUACAACGCUACCCUGCUGAGAGUUCAGUCCCUCCUUAGAAACCUGGUGGUGUCUAAUUUCACGACUGACUGGAACGAUGGACGAGUAUUGUGUAGCUUAGUGUCUAGCCUAGGAGGGAAUCUAGGGGACUUCCAUACCGCCUCCGAUAUAGAGAGAAUCCAAUAUGGUAUUGAUGGUGCAGAGAGCCUCGGAGUUUUUCCCUUACUAACUGCAGCAGAUAUGGCCGAAGAGGAUUCGGAACACCUCGGCAUUAUGGCAUACGCUGCAAAGUUUAUCAAUUUAAAACCUGUCAACAUAUCAGCGUUCUCAAAGUAUGAGCAGAAAGAGAUAAUAGUUUGCGACGACAGACAAACUGUGAUACCAGCAGAAACAGUUAUACCAAUCAAGAGUACCCGAAACCCACAAUACGCAAUCGUACAGCCCGGAAGUAACAAACCAGACAGAACACGGUCAUUUCGAAUCGAAAGAAUCGAAAAAGGACUUGACAAAGUAAACUACCAGAUAAAGGGAACAGAAGCGAACACCGAGAGAGCGAAUUCUUUCCGUACUGACAGAUUGGACGACCAUCGGUCCAAUGAGAGACCGGAAGUUAAUGGCUACCACAGUGUUCCGGUACAAAACAACGCCUCUUAUCAUCUCAUUCGACAGCCGUCGCUACGGAAAGCGAAGAAAAUUCGGUCAGAGCUGACAGGGGAGAUAAAAGUUGACACAUACUCUGUUGGUGUCAUCAUGUCCACCUCGACAGAGGACAUUUUACUUAAAGAAGACGUUAAGAUUGAGGCAGUGUCUCCAAAUGGUCGCGUAAUUAAGAUGUCUGGAGUUGGCACAUAUAAUGCCCAGUUCGAGCCCGAUGAAAUAGGGGAGUGGCGAGUGACCUUGUACUGUCAGGGUAAACGUAUCGAUUCGUGUCAAGUAGACGUCUGCGACCCGUCCAGGGUCAAGGUCAUUGACCUCAAAGGCGGCAUUGUUGGUCGUCCGAACAGAUUCAAAGUGGAUUGUUCGGAGGCAGGAAACGGUGAUUUGGAGAUUUUCGUUAAAAACGACAAAGGGCGCGUUCCCUCGUUUUGUUCUGAUAGCGGGCGGGGUAUACACAACGUCCAUUUUACCCCCUAUCUCAAAGGACCCCACUACGUCAGCGUCAAUUUCAACAGGGCAGAAAUCAGAGCCCCUCAACAAGUUGCUGAUUUUUAUGACGAGAUACUGCUGGGGGCGGACGGUGAGGGCAUGCACAGACGAGCCAUCUUCUUUUCGGAGAUCACGGACGAGGACGGGAAGUUUAAAGUCAAAGCCUCGUGUGACUGGCAGAUAGACUACGUCACUGGUGGUCCCUUCCAAGUUCCUAUCUCCGACUCCCUGGACAUCAGAAUGUAUAGUAUGAAGGACGGGACCAUCUGUAACCUCCCCCACCUGAUAGCGGACUGCUCGGAGGCUCCCGAGGGACGACUGGAUGCGGAGGUCACGUACGGCCACGAGAGAUUCCCUGCCACCGUAAAGGAAACAAACCCAAAAACUUACCAGAUCACUUUCCACCCCCGCGGCAAAGGGACCUAUAAAGUGUGGCUGGUGUACAGUGGCUUAGUUGUCAAGGGGUCGCCAUUUAUAAUAGAAAUUGAUGAACUGACAUCACCAAAAGUAUUCGGCGAUGGACUUAAACAAGGCGUAGUUGGCCAGCCAGCUAGUUUUAAGGUUGACUCUAGAGGAUUUCCGGGUGAAUUGAAGAUAACUGUUGAAGGUCCACAUUACCCUAUUAACUGCACCCGGACCCCCGAAAAAGAUGGCACCAUUAACGUGACCUUUGUUCCCGAGGAAUUUGGCACGCACAAAAUCCGCGUCAGCAUUGACGGACGACCGUUAGACAAGAGUCCGUACAUUGUGAAGGUGGUGGACCCUGGGAAGAUCCGGAUAUCCGGUGGUUGGCGCCCUCUGUUGGACGACAAUGAGAGGAUCCCGUUAGUUGUGGGGAAGGAGAAACAAAUCCCGUUUGAUGCCUCUGCAGCUGGACCUGGCGAACUGACGGCAGAUGUUCGCGGACCUACGACGAAAAUCCCCACGGCUGUUGAGACCCGGCCCGGGGGUCGUCACACAUUAGUGUUCACUCCAGAGGAAGAAGGUGAUCAUUAUAUCAAUGUAAAGUGGGACAGUUUUCCCCUGCCUAACACGCCAUAUAAAGGAUACGCUACUCAGCCUCCACCCGAUACAAAUGGCGGCUUAUUCAGGCCAGUUCUCAACCUCAACACAGGAUCACCUAGAUCCGUUUCAUCAGAGGAACAUCCUCAAGUUCAGCCUGUACUUCAUAGUCCUUUGCAUAGCCCGGUUAACAUUCAUUUUGAAAUUCCAAACACUACAUCUCUGAAUUAUAACACUUCCCCUCCACCUGCGCGUGAUUAUACGGAUGCUGGUGGGUCUCGAACAACAUCGCCUCGCUCUAUCAACGUCAUUCGGAGACCUUCGGACGUCAGCAAUCCCAGGACAAGAGUUACCAAAAUCUAUCUCCCACAACGAGCAGACAGUAUGUAUUCCUCCACCACUGCUAACUCUGAACGUCCGGUGAGAAUCAACGUACUACAGAGGUCCAACGCCACAAGUCACGCGUCCAGUUCCAGCCAACCAUCGACAAGGAAAUCGUCUGUCAAGCGCUACCCUGCCCCCACGCCUCCCUCCCCCAGGGACCCCACCAAGGUCGUGUUGAGUGGGAAAGGUCUGAAGAACGCUCACCUAGACAGACCUGCUGUGUUUGGCAUAGACGGACGUAAUGCUGGGCCAGGAGAACCCGGAGUCAGACUCACUGGGAUAAACAAAGAGAUUCCGGUCAGAAUCGACCCCACGGGUCCCCAGCAGUACAGGUGUACGUACACACCCACAGAACCUGGUGCCUACCUGUUGGAUAUUACCUGGAACAAACGGCCAUUGAAAUGCUGUCCGUUCAAGAUCGACGUCAGUCGGCCCGUGUAUCCACACAAGGUUAACGUUUCCGGGGACCUUCUCAAAAGUGGAUACGUGGGGCGGGACAUCCGACUGCAGAUUGAUCCUAGAUAUGCUGGGUCCGGUGACCUGACGGUAAGGUGUGUUGGGCCUGAGAUGUCGUAUGUACCUGUUCAGCUAUUGGAUAACUAUGACGGUACCCACAGCGUUAAGAUCACACCCGCUGAGCCCGGGAGACACAUUCUCAAUAUUUUGUUCGGGGGAGAACAUGUCCUGGGAAGCCCCUACGCAAUUGACAUCAUCACCCCUAAAAAAUUACAAUACCCGGUCAAAGUCUACGGUCCAGGGAUUCACGACGGGGUCCUACCGGAUUUUGAAAGUCACUUCCUUGUAGACGCGAGAGGGGCCGGAGCUGGGGAACUGAAAGUUGUUCUUAUGGGACCAAAGGGUGCUUUUCACGUGGAACUUAGCCGGACCAGCCAAAAAGACAGACUUGUCCACUGUCGAUAUAGCCCCGUUGAGGCGGGCCUCUACACGAUAAGCGUCCUGUGGUCUAACAAGCAUGUGGACGGAAGUCCUUUCAAAGUGAGCCUCGCUACGAGCCAGCUACAGCUAGAGCGCAUGCUCGAAGAAAGACGAGAAUCACGUCCGUCAUCUCUAAGUUCAAGCAAGGAAGUUCAUGGGGAUCCUGAAAAAGAAACUAUUUUGUAUUAAAAUGUGGGAAAUUCCCUGCGUUAAUCUUUAUAUGAUAGAUAAUACUAAGUUUUUAAGGCCAAGUUAUAUAUUCAAGUUUCUCUCUUUAUACAGUGCAUGCUCUAGGAUACACUUUCUAUUUUGUAUUUAUGAUAAUUGAUAAAUAACAUUUGCGUUUUCAUCUUGUUGAGUACAUUUGUGAGGUCUACAUAUCUAUGUUAAAAUUGUAUUAUGUACACUGUACAUACCUUGUAAGGAAUAAAAACUUGUUACAAUCAAAUCACUAACGUAA